UCUCCUCAAGCUCGUUCCCCCCGGUCAAAUAUUCCACCUAUACCGCCAAAAAUGACCUCUGCUACGACCUGGGCGACCCCUCCAACUCGUACCGAGCUGAUUGAGAACUUAGUGUCUGGUGUCGAUCGGUAUAACCCUUCGAAUGUGGGUAUCCUAGAGGACUACCUCUACCACCAGAUACGUAGCGAGGAGUACGAUUGCCUCGCGAACCUCGCCAUCCUGAAGCUCUACCAGUUCAAUCCAGACCUCCACAAUCCUGACGUUGUGAUUAACAUCCUCAUCAAGGCUCUGGCUGCACUCCCGUUCCCCGACUUCAACCUCUGCAUCUCGCUCCUCGACGAGCGCCCUGUCACUGCGAACCCAGACGAGCCUGACCCGCUGCCUUCGCUCCUGCCCGUGCUCCAGUCGCUACACAACCUGCUCCAACAGUGCCGCUUUCCCGCGUUUUGGACGCUCUACCGCUCUGAGAAGGCCGAGUCGCUACGCGACAAUUAUACUGUUGAGGUCGUCGGAUUCGAGAACGCGGUGCGAGAGGUCGUCGUUCGUGCGGUGAAGGCGGCUUUCCAGCGCAUUGGCAGCCAACGUUUGAGCAGCUACCUUGAUCUCUCGGGAGAAGAGCUGUCAGCAUACGCCGAGAAACUGGGAUGGGCUUUCGACGCUUCGACAGGCGUCGUCUUGAUCCCACCAAACCCAGACAACCAAAUCGAGUCAACAGUCGUGCAGGAGAACAUCCAGCUGCCGCAACUUGUGAAGGUGAUCACACAUGCGCAGGCAGCAUAGUCAUCAAAAGUAGUUUGUAUACCUCAUGCAUGCCAUACGAUAUAAUCAAUGGUAUCGGUGUAUUCUUCCAAAGCUCCGAAAUUACAUACAUGAAAGGGCGCCGUUGAUGCUAUACGAGAGUCGUGUCUAGAAUUUUGUCUAUACGUUCAUGAAGUUCAUGCGGUUUGGCCACAGGCAGCCUUUUGAACAUCUACUAUCCUCUGUCAUUCUUCAUACGCCUCCCUCUCCUGCAGACCAAAACGCUGCUGUCGUUCCCCAGGUGGCCAUGGUGACCCCUGUCACCAACAGGAAGCCGUCCCAUAGGGUACACCGGCCAGAGAGCGCAACCUUGGCAGAUACUGGCCCGAUGACACAGAGCAGGAAUGCGGAGAAGGACCCCAGGAACGCCAUCAUUGAACUGAACUCCGGUACGAGGAUCGAGACGGUCACCGACAAGAUAGUGAACACUGCACGCUCGACCACAAUCAGGAAGCGCUUCAGAGCGAGGCGACGCUCGGACGGCGGCGUGGCGUUACUGUCGACGCGAGGCGAGUUCGACUUUGCUAGAGCACCAUGGUCGUCCGGUGGGGCUGUGCUCGUGUCGAUACCGAGCAUGAUCUCAAGUGUGAUACUCAGCUGGAGACAGUAUGAGGG